AGAAAAAGAAUUACAACAAAUUUUUAGAUUCAAAUGCUUCUCUAAUUGAAACUGAUUCUGAAGUUCUUGUUGAGAAAAUUGAUGAUAAUGAUGAAGAUAAUACUUUUAUUACUUCUGAACAUUGGGAACAAGAAUUAAAUGAGAAUGGAUCUUUCGUUCCUUUAGAAUAUGAAUGGAAUCUUUCAUUUUCAUCAGAAAAGGAGCGGAUCUUUCAUUCUUGUCAAAAUGAGGAAAUAGGAAACUCUGCCAGCCAAAAGAUAAUAAUAGUAAAACUUCUACUUCUCAAAUUUGAACUAAAGAAAAAUUAUCAGAUACCCCUUAUUAUUUUUAUUCAGAUAGGAGUAGAUAUGAAUUUUAUCUGCUAG